GUCUCUCGGUUACCCGCUUGACUAGACCGCACUGUUGCAACUGUCUGACGGACUUGAAGGCAGAGAGCUCAAGCUGUAGCAGGAAGAUGUUGUGGUUCAUGGAGGGAAUGUGCUUUCUCCCUGUGUCUCUUGUCAUUGUGUCGUCGUUUUCUUUUAUUGUCUGCUAUGCCAUUGCAACUCUGGAGCGUCACGUCGACCCUGUGUUCCCGUACAUCAGUGACACAGGAGUACAGGUUCCAGAAAGUCAAAUCUUUAGCCUUUUGAUUACAUUUGCAGCCAUUUUAGGAGUGGCUACAAUGUAUACAAGAUACAAGAUACUUGAGAAGACAAAUGACCAAAUGUCAUGCUGUCACCGCAUACUGAAUACAAUAACACUGAUAGUUGGCAUUUUUGGUUGUCUAGGAAUGCUCACUGUUGCCACUUUUCAGGAAAACACAGUCAGAAUAGUUCAUGACAUAGGAGCCUUUAUAGCCUUCUUCUUUGGAGUUCUUUAUAUUGGCCUUCAGUCCUUGAUAUCAUUUAAGAUGUGUGAAAAUGGAAGCACGAGGACAAUGUGCCUUCUGCGAUUGGCCAUCUUCAUCAUUUCCUUUAUUGCAAUGUGGCCAAUGUUUGUGUGUGGAGGUUUGCUGACAGAUUCAACUUUGCACUGGCAUAAAGAUGAUAAGGGCUACACAAAGCAUAUCAUAAGUGCAGUUUGUGAGUGGAUCGUAGCUUUUGGGUUUGUCUGUUUUUUCUUGACCUACAUCAGAGAAUUUCAGAGUGGAAUCACUUCUGGCACUUACGGGAUUCGACCUUCCGAUUACCAGCGCAGAUCCCACCCUGCCUCACAGCCACCACUCCGCCGAGAGGUUAACAGGAAGUUCCAAAUUGGCCCUGCAGUGGACUGCUGCUUUUUCCAGGGCUGUUUCUUGCCCAUUUCCCUGAAUUGGAUUAAGUGGGUUUGAGAUUAAGAUGAAUUUACCGGGAAGUAAUUCCCAAAUCCAUGUGGGAUUUGAAUGUUCUUGUGCACACAUUUGUUUUCCCAACUCUCCAUCCCCAUCCUAAAGGCAAGCAAGUCUGGCUGGGGGUGUCUCAGAACUGGCCUGGUGUGAAUAGUUUUCACAGGAGGGGCCCUUACCAUAUGCAUUCACUGCAAGGCUGGAGCCCACCAGGAACAGCUAGAAACUUCAUCACAGGGCAAACUAAUGCACACAACCAGUUUAAAGACGCACCUCAGCCAAACUUCCACAUCUGUGAGAUGAGAGAGAAGACUGGAGCACUGAGAGGGGGAAAAAAAAAAAAACAGAUGGGGACAUGGGGAGCAGGUGCCAGUGGCACACAGACAGGGGGGCAGGCAGGGACUGAAACGGUAAUGUAACAAAGCUAACCGCCACACCACUGAAAAUCAAUGGAUGGACAAAGUCGAUGAGGGUCUGUGCUUGAGAUACCUCUGUAGGCCAAUUCUGUAAACUCUGCUCCUUGACACCCACCUUAAAGAAGGGAUCCAUAAUUGAAGUCCACAACUUCGUAGCUUCUGCCAAUCAUCUCCCAGUCGCUCAAGGCACACUCUCACCUUUAGUGCAGCCAUUAGCCACUCUCUGCUCCUAUUAAUUCAGACAAUCUGAAAAAGCUUGUUUAAUUCACAAAAUAUAUCACAGCAUCAUCCACCCAGUGCGAUUAAGAGAUAGAUAAUAGAUCCAAUGUGGCCUGUUCUAAUAUUAUGUAUCACGUACAAUGCAAACACACUUUUCUGUUUUGUCUCGAAGGAGUAACACCCAAACUCAAAACUCUCAAUGAACACUUGGUGUCAUUUUAUCUUCUAAGAGUCUUGCUUGUUCUUUCUCUGGCUAUCCCUGUCUACACUGUAUCCUGGUCUUAUAGGAUUCUGUAUUACACUGAAUCAUGUAAAAUGAAUUCCAUAAGGAAUUGAUGGAGAGAUAAACUGUUAUUGGGAGACACUUGUGUUCAUGGCCAGCAUCCUGCAUGUUUUACUAUACAGCAUAUCAUCUAGGGCCAAACACCAUGUUGUGUAUGCACACCUAGGAUUUUCCUUCCUAUAGGUAAUCUGGAAUCUGCGCCAUAUCCCCCCCAAUUCACAAGUUAGUCACUGCCAUUAGAAAGUCUCUUAAAUCCCAUAAUAUUGUGACACAAGUGCAUAAACAUGCCUUUAUUUUGAGCUGUGUUGUUGAAAGGAGACUGACCAGAGGCAGGUCACUUGAAGACGAGUGAGUAGUACCACAAGAUGAGUAAGAGUGCAAGUGCCCCCCAGUGCUGUAUGCAGUCUAAGGCCUUAAAGGGCUGCACUUUAUUGCCACAGCAAUGCCAGUUGUGUGGAGUCUGAUGUCAAACAGGUAAAACAUCAAAAUGAACACACAGUAUAAGGAGAACAAGAAUUACCACUACACACCACCCAUAAACCACCAACUUGACAAAAACACGCUUAUGACAUACUGUGUUUGACUGAUUUGUAUGUUUUACACGUAAAGUGCAGAUGUAUAUAUUUAGUUUAUAUUUAUUUUUUUAUGUACAGUCCCGCCCAUUACCUUUCGUUUUGUUGCUUGAGUGCACCUGCACACCAGUCGUACCAGGAGCAGAAUACUUAGCAGAUGCUAAGGUUACACUGCCAUACUUUCACUUCCUUAUAUAGCAGAAGGAACAAAACCAACAAAUAUCGAAACUUACUUCUCAUGUGUGGUCCUUAGGAAAUGUAAUUAGUCACCAUAUGCUUCCCAAAGACCAGAGACACUCAAGUGCACUGCAGCUUGAACAUUUAAUGCUCUACACAACACUACAGGAAGUUGUGUAUUUUAUUUGGUCAUGCCAGGGUGCAUUUGCCUGUCACUUCCCAAAGACGUGAAUGUUAGGUUAAUGUAGGUGCGAAUGUCCCCUGCAAAAUACUGGUGUCCAUCAGAGUAGAUUUGCUCCCUGUGUCUGGGACUGCUCUGAAAAACUUUGGCUGUGUGGUUGUGAUGGUUAAGACUUGAAACCCUGAGGUUGAGGGUUCAAAUCCUGCUUCUGGCACUGUGUGACCAAUAACAAGUCACUCCACCUUCCUGUGCUCCAAUUGGGGAAAAAAAAAAUGUAACCAUUGUAUCUCAUUGUCAGCCAUCUUACAAGUAACAAACUGUAGCUGAAAUGGAUAGAUAAUGCCACGUGACCACAGAAAUGUGGUAUGGAGCACUUAAAACUGUUACACAUCGUAGUGCAUACCUAAAAGUCAUUAAACACGAAUUUCAAUCUUUACUGUUAAUUUAUUUUAUUAAGGUAUUCCCCAGGUGAGUGGCUCUUUAGCUCUCAGUGCUGUACAAUGAAGCGUGUUGGAGGUCAAAGGAUUCAGUACCAGCUUUGUGCUUCGAUGUACUGCAUGAAUGUGACAUAACCUAACUACACACACAAGAGUCUUUAAUCGGAACUGAAUGCAGGGUUGGUGCUCAAGGGCUGGAAAAUCUAAUAUCAACCCACUGCAGAGCCAAGCAUUUGAUGCAGGCGGUGGAAUUGGCCUAAGUCAGAUGAAGCCCCGGAAUCAUCAUCCACAAAAAGCAAAACAUUUUUCAUCAGGGCAUCAAAAGGUAGCAGAGAUAAAGGCAUCUCUGGCAUUCAGGUAAACUGUUACUAUUGACCGUUUUAAAAAUGACCAUGGCAAAUGGUGUUGUCUGAAAAAAACAUCACAGAUGACAUUCAAGGCUUUCACCACUGAAGGGUGGUGCUUUCAGAGGCACAGAAACAAAGAAAACAAACAGGACCAUCCGCUGUUCAUGCUAAGCCACUCCAGUGUAGAGUCAAACGCUUUCUUUGAAAUUAAAGAUCUAAUCAACUUCAGGCUAAAGGCCCAGAGAUUGUCAGUCAUAGGCUUCAUUUACCAUAAUCUUAGAUAGUCGGGGGAGUUGUGAUGCACUCCCCAAACGGUCCAACUAGUCUGUGACUUGCCCUGACAGAUUCAAACUGGUUGUCACAGAGGUGACAAUCAAUGAACGUUUAGCUGGAAGUACAAUGCAUAUAAUGUAGUGACAAAAAAUAAGAAACGUGGGUGUUUUGGAUCACAAAAACAGAAGGAAGGCUCAUGUUUUAUGUGCAAAAAAAGAAAAGAAACUGCAGCUGAACUCGCUGUAUGUGACGUGUAAAGCCCUUGUACAACACUGGCUCCUUCACAUUGGCUGUUAGAAAAAGGGGUAAGCACACAAUACUUUGGAAAUGUGAAAAUUUGCUACAAAUUCAUGGAAUCAUCUACUUUGACAAAUCAAGUGCUUUCUAGUUAUGUAAUAACAAAUCCUGAAGCAACGAGAUCAACAACUUCAGAUGUCCAGUUGGACAUCCCACCUGACUAGAAAUUGUGUAACGUGACAUCAGUUUAAGUAACAUUUUUCACAGUGAGUGCUGUCACAAGAUGAAUUAGCAGAAUAGACAACAGUAGCAGAAAAUGUGAGUGAAGAUAAAGAAAAAGUUAAUUACUAGUAAGUUAAAGAAAAUCAUGGUGCAGAAUGCAAGCUAGAGAGUGGUACCUGAAAUACAGUAAGUACACAGCAAGAAGCCCCAUCCUGGUUUUAAGGAGAGCAAAGACUGUCAGGAGAAGCUAGCAAGAAGCCCCCGUUCAAGUUUUGUUAUCUGUCAUCACUAGCUGGAGAGCAGCCAUGCUCUGUUGUUUGGAACAGCAAAUUACAACUGUUGGAGCUCCAUGUGCAUAGAAGCUCUUUCAAGUGACAACGGAUUUGUGAAACAAUUGGGUAGUGAGUGCUCAUGGGAGAGGCACAACUGGUGGAAAAGUGGUGUACUACAGCUCUGAGCAGUACACAAUAAGAAAUCCUUCUGUCCAUAGCCCAGAGUUUGUUGCAGACUUCAUGGAUUGUACGCAGUGAUAAUUGCAACAGAUGGGUGUGUCAUGAAGGUCAUGUCAGACUUGCUUCAUUAUCUGGGGGCUUCUUUGUAUGCCACAGAACUAUUAUUAAUAAUUCCUUUUAUGGCCUGUCAAAUCCCUCAGAUUAUAUUGUGCCAGCUUGCAUGGCUUUUACCUGUUAAAAACUACCUAAUAAUCUUGCCUUUUUUGUUGUACUUUAAUUAAAACGUUCAAUGGAAGUUGAAAGAUCUUCACAGACUUAUGUCUGUCAGCAAAUAAAAUCAAAAGGCAAAAGAGGAAA